CUCGUAUUCAAAAGUUGUGUAUCAAGACCCAACCUGUCGCAACAUUACGGUAAACAACGUAAACAAAUGACUACAUUUAAAUAAAAACAAUAAUUUAUAACAUAAAGGAAAAAUUUCAAAAUCGUACUUUAAAAACUUAAGAUCAGAGUGAUCUUUGUGAAAGAAGCGAUGUCACAUUUUUCCCUUGAGACUGAAUUGGCAAGCGCAUUAAGGUUGGAUGGGCCAAUAAACAGAGGGCCUGCGAUGCGGUGGCAGAGGAAGCAGGGGGAGGAAGGGAACCAGUCUGUCAACAUGAGCCUGAACGCAAGUUGUGGGCUGGGAAAAACUCCUGUCAAAACUGCAAGCAUCAACAACAAGUCAAUGUCAAAGACACCUUCAUCAAAUGGAUCUCUAGGAUACAGUCACAAAACUCCAAAAUCAGGAGGAAAAAAGACGCCAGGAAAAGGUGCAAAGACUCCAAAUGGAGGUGACAGAUUCAUCCCUAACAGAAGCACAACACAGUUUGACCUGGGCCACUUCAUGAUAAACCAGGACACUAACAGCCAGCAACAGAGUGAGAAUGCCGAAAUGAUGAGUCCCAGCAAGCUGGAAUACCAGAAAGUGAUGAGUGAGAACCUGAACGGAGACCUGGCCAGCAAGAAGAUCAUCUCAUACAAGGGCAAUCUACCAAAUGCUCCAGAAGGUCACCAGAGUUCACUUCAGGUUCUGUACAGUACAUGUAAAACUCCCGCCAGCACAGCUAAGAAAACCAUCAGGAAUAUUCCCCAGGUUCCCGAGCGUAUCUUAGAUGCCCCUGAGAUACUUGAUGAUUAUUACCUGAACCUGUUGGACUGGUCUGUGAACAACCACCUAGCUGUUGCCCUGGGUAACCAUGUGUACCUGUGGAAUGCUGCAACAGGGGAAAUAAACCAGCUUCUCCAGCUUGACGGACCAGAGGACUAUAUCGGCGCUGUCGCCUGGGUGGCGGAGGGAAACAUCCUAGGUGUUGGCACCAGUGCUGGAGAGGUCCAGUUAUGGGAUGUAGCACAACAGAAAAGAUUGAGGAACAUGGCGGGGCACGCGGCACGAGUCGGCUCUCUUUCCUGGAACUCAUAUGUUGUCAGCAGUGGAUCUCGAAGUGGGGCCAUUCACCAUCACGAUGUUCGAGUAGCGCAGCACCAUGUGGGCACGUUCACAGGGCACAGCCAGGAGGUGUGCGGGCUGCAGUGGUCGCCUGAUGGGAAACAUCUUGCCAGUGGGGGCAACGACAACCUACUCAAUGUGUGGACAGCCCAGAACCUCACUGCCUCCCCUUCCGCCAUUCAGCCAGUACACACAUUCUCUCAGCACCUGGCUGCUGUCAAGGCUGUAUCCUGGUGUCCAUGGCAACACAAUGUGCUGGCCAGCGGAGGGGGGACGGCUGACCGACACAUCCGCUUCUGGAAUGUUAGUGUCGGCUCCUGCAUCAACGCAGUAGACACGAAGUCACAGGUUUGUGCGCUGCAGUGGUCAAAGGAGUACAAGGAGCUGGUGUCCAGUCACGGCUUUGCCCUCAACCAACUCACCAUCUGGAAGUACCCAGCCAUGACCAAGGUCGCAGAACUCACAGGUCACACAUCACGGGUGUUACACAUGGCCAUGUCACCGGACGGGACCACAGUGGUGUCGGCAGGGGCUGACGAGACCCUCAGACUGUGGAAGUGCUUCUCUGUGGACAAGGAAAAGAAGAAAUCCCAGAAGUCAAGCAUAGUGCCCCGGGACCAGACCAUAGCACACCUCUCCAAAAUCAGAUGAUGAGACACAGAGUGGUACUUGUUUGUUGGACAGUGGCAAAGUUUGCAAUAUUGUUAAGAAUCAACUUGGGUCAAGUGAAGACCUCCAUGCCAGUUGCCUGUUUUGCAAGAUCAUGUGUCAAUGGCUUCAGUCACUGGUACUGUACCUCCAAGUCAGUGUGUGCACUGAUUAGUGACACAUAGGGAGGAUGGUUGUGUGUUUUUUCCAGUGUAUGACACUUUCACAGUUGUUUAAUGGAUUUGUUCACAAAGUGUUCAUCAGAAUAAGGAUGUAGGGGAAAAUUGAGCCGUACAAACCUUUUAUGAGUGAAUCCACAGCUGUUCACGCCUUAUCAUCAUUGUGCAUUUAAGAGAUUGAAAGCGUCGAAGAUAUUUGAACCUGCUCAGUGCUGUUUGUACAUGUACGUGCUUUUUAUACUCAUUAUUACCGUUAUUUGAAGUUUGUUUAUAGUUUUGAUAAUGACAUCUCCAUCUACCACACAUUUAAUCUACCACCACCAGAUUUGUAUGUUAGUCAUUUAGUGAUUUCAUAAUGAAGCCUUUAACUAUUCUCUUUUAAUAUAUUGACAAUAUAUUGUUUUUACCUGUAUUCCUUUAUCUACUAACUAGAGUUUGAUUAUUUGAGAAUUGUUUUCAGUUACUAGAUUAUAAUAUUUCUUUAAUGGUUGUUUUAUCUGAAAUUCAGUUUAAAAGGAUUUAUUAGUGCAAUUUGUUUAAGGGAAGACGACUCACCCUCACCAGUUAUUCUGUUUCUAUGACAUUCUAGAUAUUCACUUUUGAUUAUGUUGUUUAAAGAAAAUAAAA